GUUCAGUGCGUGCCACAUAAAUUUACAAAGGAGCACUACACACAUAACUUUUUGCUCCCUUUACAUUCGUUCUUUUUUUUCGCCUGAUGUCUUUAGCCAGAUGAUACCAAUUUAAUUAUGAGAAUGAAAAUUUUUAUGGAAAUAAGAGCAGGAUAGCACAAAAGCUCACUUUGAAGAUAGAAUGACGAUCAGUUGAACUUGAACUGUCUGCAAUGUUAUAUCGCGUUCUUUAAGGGAACCGAAAAAAUAAAAUAAAUAAAAUAAGAACUAGAAAUUGGAUUAAUUCAAGCAUUUUUGUGGAUCACGAAAAGAAAGAAAAUCAAUUUAGAAGCAAUGGAAAUUGAGGCUUAUGGCUAUAUUCCCAAUUAUCCAAUUACAUUAAGCUCAUCAUCAGAUCAUGGAAAUCUUUAUAGCCUCCAGUCGAAUUACAAUUAUCAAUAUUCGAGUGAUAAUUUAGUAUGGAGCAAUUCUGAAAGCUUCAUAAAUCAACAAAGUGAUUUAUCCAGCAUUUCAUCGCCAACAUCGUACUACUUUCAAACUCAAACGCUUAAUUCAACACAUUCCGAUGAGCAGCAACAACCAAUUGUGAUCGAUAAUUAUACGAAAGGUAAACGAGGAAGGAAAAGAGGUUGCGGUAAAAAAGCAGAAAAAUCAGCCUCAAGAAGAAAUGCUAAAAAAUCUGAAUCAUCUCCGGCUAGUCCAACAGUAAUGAAGAAACGUAGACAAGCAGCAAAUGCACGCGAACGAAGAAGAAUGAGUGGCCUUAAUACAGCUUUUGAUAGAUUAAGAGAAGUCGUUCCUAAAUUGGAUGCCGAUUAUAAACUAUCAAAAUUCGAGACUCUACAAAUGGCACUAAAUUAUAUUGGAGCAAUGUGUGAAUUACUUGAUAAAGGAACUGUUGAAAGUUCCUUCGAAUUUUUCGGCGCUAGUGAGAACAAUAAUUGCUCGAAAAUUCUUAACAAAAAUUAAUUAAUGAGCACAAGGUGAUUAUUAAUGAAAUUGAUACCAAAAAAAAAACAUUGAAGCCAAAGAGAAAGAGUAAAUUUAUUAUUUAUGACUUCUGUAUAAAGUGCAAAUGAAUUCAUCUUUAAUUGAG